GUGUGGCCCACAGGGUGGGGACAGAGGCGGGGCUGGCGCCAGAAGGGUUUUUGCCUUUUGGGCCAGGUGUUCUGCUGUGCCUGCCUUAUUGGCAGCUGUGAGCCUAGGAGGUGGGUGCGGAGCCGGCUGGAGCAGGUCAGCCACUGGGUUCCCCUGUGGGUGUCCACAUUGUCCUUGCCACGAAACUCCUCACUCCUCAGACCCCAUGGGCCUGGCCUGGUGGGUCUCAGAGCCUCCUGCCUGUGUGUCUAGGUGGCCCAGGCCUUCUCGCCACAACUCUUAAGCCUCUCCAUGCUGGGCACCUGCCAAGGAGGGUGCCCCUCGCCCCCCAGGCCCUGCCUCUUGCUGUCAGCCCCCAGCGGGCUCUAGGGAUGUGGCUAUGUGUGUGUCUCCCUGAGUGUAUGUGGGUGUAUGUGGAUUGGUGUGGGGACAUGGGUGAGGGGUGGGAGCUGUUAGUGUGGGGCUGUGGUGGAGGUGUGAGUCUGCAUGUGUGUGCGUGUGUGGAGUGGGGCUGCGUAAAUACCUGUGUGUAGGGGGGCCCUUGCCUCGACUUACUUUGCUCUUCCUGGGGUGGGAUGCACAGGUUGGCGCUGUGCCCGGCCUCCCUUCCUGAAAGCCCUGGCUCCCGGUAGGCAGUGGCUGGUUCUGAUUCCCACGACCCGUAUCAUUUCCCUGGGCUCCUGGCCUUGCUCACAGUCAACACUGAUGUUCUCGCUUUUUCCAGGAAAGGUGAAGCAUGUGGAUGGUGGCUGGGGUCACCUCCUGGUCGCCUCAAGGCCUAGCUGCCCCUGGCUCUAACGCUUUGUGUCGUCCUCUUCUUUUGUUAAUUAGGGGAGAGGUGGACAGGAGGGAGACCUGGGCUUUCCUGGGAGGAGCCGUGCUCAGGACUGUGCAGGAUGCAGAGCCGGAGCUGUCUCCAGAGGAGCAGAGCGUCCUGGAAAGGAAGCUGAAGAAGAAACGGAAGAAAAAGGAGCGGCAGCGGCUGCGGGAAGCGGGUGUCGUGGCUCAGCAGCCGCCGGCCAGACGCUCGGGGGCCGAGCUGGCCCUGGACUACCUCUGCAGAUGGGCCCAAAAGCAUGAGAACUGGAGGUUUCAGAAGACGAGGCAGACAUGGCUCCUGCUCCACAUGUAUGACAGUGACAAGGUUCCCGACGAGCACUUCUCCACCCUGCUGGCCUACCUGGAGGGGCUGCGGGGCCAGGCCCGCGAGCUGACGGUGCAGAAGGCAGAAGCCCUGAUGCGGGAGCUGGACGAGGAUGGUGUGGGUGGCCCCAACCCCCUCCUGCCAGGGAGGGCCCAGCGCAUCCGCCAGGUGCUGCAGCUGCUGUCCUAGUGGGUUCAGCGCUGGGCAGGGCCGCAGCCCAGCAAAGGGCAGCCUCGGGCCACACAGGGUGCUGCUGCCCACCUCCUCUGGUGAUGGGGGCCGAGAUCACCAGCAGGGCAGUGGCCGGACAAGGGCAUCCAGGUUCUAGGCUGGGUCCCUCCCCAGCACCACAGCCUCGCAAGGACCCCACUUCCUCCACACCCUUCUUGGGCAGACAGUUGUGACAGUGAGGACUGAUUCAGUGCCUUUGUCCCAGAGCAUGGACGCUCUGGAAUCACCCAGAGACACCUGGCCUUGGAGAGGCCCUCAAGUCCCGGGAACCUGCUUUGGAGGGAAAUGUCUACUUUUCUCCCAGGGAUAUUUUAGAGAUUGGGCCAUGAGGCUCCUCCCGCUGGCUGCAAACGUGCACCUUCCGCCUGCUCCCCCGUCCUCCUGUGUGGGCCGCGCUCCUGGUCCCCCACCUGUGUCCAUCGAGGGGCCUGGCUGUGGCCUGUCCAUUCUCCUUCGACCCCACAAAGCCUUGCUGCCAGUCCUGGGGAGGGGGAGCCCCUGCUGAGGGCUUGCGGAGUCAGAUCGUGUGCCUUGCAGAAAUGGUCUCUGUGGCUGCAUUUGAAAUAAAACCCAACCCACCAGGAGCCAUGGCUCCUGCUUUGUGUGGC